UGAACGCAGCGUUACCCUAUCCGUUGUGUGUGAACUGAGCAGCUGUCACACUUGUGUGUGGGCAACUAACGACACGUACUGUUAUUGCAAGAGGCUUUGCCAGCAUGGCACGUGGGCAUCAGAAGAUUCAGUCUCAGCAGAAGAAUGCCAAGAAACAGGCCGAAAUGAAAAAGGCCAAGGGUCACGAUCAAAAGACGGCAGCCAAGGCAGCUCUAGUGUUUACCUGCUCUGUGUGCAGGUCCCAGAUGCCCGAUCCAAAAACCUUCAAGCAGCACUUCGAGAGCAAGCACCCAAAAUCUCCUCUGCCCCCAGAGUUAGAGGGAGUGGAGGCAUAAACAGUCACCCUGGAUACCAAAUUGAGUUCUUCAAGGCCCUGCACCAACUCUGCACUUGUCCCAGUCUGACAGCAAUGGAUGAUUUGAUGUAAAGAACAUGAAGCAGUUAUCAUCAGUUAGGUUUUAACGGGCCAGGUUGCCUUUGAUGCAAUUUUUCCUCCCAUCCGGUCCUGUUUUUACUUGUGUAUAAAUACAUGAGGGGGUAAACCUAAACUCUGGUUUUAAUUUCAGGGUCACUGACGACCUUUAUGAUUCAAGUGGUGAAUGAAUAUUUCUUGCUUCAUUCUCACAGUUUCUCAGAACCUACUCCUCACUGCCCACGAUGUGUUGUGCACAUAGGAAUAUUUCUUGCUGCUAGCUCUUGUACCUCUUUAUCUGAAGCUUUAAUGGAUUGAGUGUCUGAUUAAACCUUUAUAGCCAGCAUGCCACAUAAGGUGAACACACAGUGUGCUUACAAAGCACAAAUUUAGAUUGGAUGGGAUAUAGACAAAAUGUUUUAAUUCUAAUUUUUAGUUUGUCACAAAUGUGACCUCAUAUGUCGUGUUAAUAAUUCUAUUUAAUUUGGCUGUGAAUGUUGAGUAUUGAAUAAAAUGGGGCCAGUGAGAUUCUUUUUCUAAUAUCAGUCCCUCCACAGCGCUGUCUGCCCUGUUGAACUGCAAUCUUUCGUCUAGUUAAUCAUAAUUUUAUGCCACGUCAUAAAAAUGUGAAAUUUUGCCAGCCAUUUCCAAGCUGCUACAUGAAUUGCAAGUUAAAAUUUAUGGGAGCUUGUCAACAACAUUUGUACACUUAGAAAAUGAAUUUAUGCUCUAAUGAUGUAUUAUAAGCAUUUUAUUAAAUUUUACUUUGUUGUAUAUCUACUUUUUUUCUUGGAAUUGUUUCUUUUGAUGGUUUUCUCUGACAGUGUUUCGUAGGAUGUAUGAUGAAGGAGACAAAUAGCACAUAGACACUGUGUCUUUCAGUAGAUAGGGAGGAUCCUUUCAAAUAAUACUAUCGGUCCAGAUGGAAGGUUUCUUUCAGACCUGUCAGUUACAGAUACUGUGUGCGCGCCUUGUUUUUCUGGUGUGGUGGACUAAAAACACGCUGUCUAGAUUUCAAGGUUUUGUUGGCCUCACAGUUCAGUAUUUUCCGUCCGUAUUGUCUGCACUUCUCUGCUGCUCUGCUCACAAAAUAAGUAUUUUAUUUUUUUUUUCCAAAUUAUGUAAAUGCGAAUCCUUCCAAGGACAUUAGCUGUCACUUACAAAUGCGCAAUAAUUAAUGAAUAAUAAUGAACAUUUCAUGCACGGUAUUGCAUUUUGCCUCCAAGGAGCCUGACUAUCUGGUUGAAGGGGAGACAUGAAGACUCAGAGAGAGUAAUUGACAUCUGACUUGGACAUCAUCCCAGGAGGCUGUGUUGAUAAUCUGUGACAUUUUUAAAU